AUGGCGAAUGACCGUUUCAAGUACAAGUUGGAAAUCCAACAGAUGAUGUUCGUUAGCGGUGAAACCGGAGAACCUUCGCCUGAAACCACCGGUAUCAUCGAAGACAUCGUUCGCGGACAAGUUAUCGAAAUGUUAAUACAAGCUACUGCCCAAGCCGCUAGGCGAGGCUCUCGUUCUAUAUCAACUGAUGAUCUGAUAUUUCUUAUCCGCCACGACAAAGCUAAGGUAUCUAGGCUACGAACCUACCUCUCCUGGAAAGAAGUUCGAAAGACCGCAAAGGAUCAAGAUAGGGACGUGGAUACUGCCGACCUUGUGGAGGACUCUGCUGCUGGCGAUGCGCUCAAAAUGCGACAGAAGCGGGCCAAGAUUUCCUUGCCGUGGGAGGUUGCCUCCUACUUCAGCGAGCAACCCCCCGAAGGCGAUGACGAAGAUGACGAAGAGGAAGCUGAGGCCAAUGUUGCCACCCUUGCUAGGUUAAAAAGCGCUGAUGAACGGACAAAAAGCAUGACUAAAGAUGAAUAUGUUCACUUCUCUGAGUGCAGACAAGCCAGCUUUACUUUCAGAAAGUCGAAGCGAUUUAGAGAGUGGGCUGGGUUCGGCAUGGUUACGGAUGCAAAACCUAACGACGACAUUGUUGACAUCCUUGGCUUUUUAACCUUCGAGAUAGUACAGGUGCUCACUGAGGAGGCACUAAGAAUAAAGGAUGCAGAAGAUAAGCUUCAAACUUCGAAUAAAGAGAACGAUAAAAAAAGAAAGAGAGAUCGGUUUCUAUUCGACGGGCCCGGUGAAGGUAGGACUCCUGUGGAGCCUCGUCAUAUCGAGGAAGCUUUCCGGCGACUACAGCGGCCUCGAGCAAAAUCCAAAGCUAUGCGUAAUUUUGAAGGCGGCGGGGUUAUGAAGACCCGUGUGGGACUUAUGUAA